GCUGCAUCAAAACGCACCAUGGAAGACGACGAGCUGCAGGCUAUCCGCGCCAGACGACUGCAAGAAAUGAAGGCCGCGAGGGGCGGCCAGGGGGCCGGAGGAAUGUCCUCCAUCCCUGGCCUGCCUGGAUCCGGUUCCGGAGGCGGAAGCGGCUCUGGCGACGCUGAAAAGGCCCAGCAGAUGGAAGAGAUGCGACGCACACUGCUCGUUCAAAUCCUUGACAACGGUGCCCGAGAGCGAUUGUCUCGCAUCUCGAUAGUCAAGGCGGACAAAGCACGCGCUGUCGAAGAUAUGCUCAUCCGCAUGGCACAGUCGGGCCAGCUCCGCGGCAAGGUCGAUGAAAACCAGCUGAUCGAGAUGCUGGGCCAGAUUGCCGAGCAAAGCGAGUCCAGAACGAAAAUCACGUACAACCGUCGCCGCGUCGGUUCCGAUGACGACGAUGACGAUUUCGAUCUCUGAGGAGUGCUGUCUUCCUGUAGUGAAUAUAGCCAUCCUUGGGCCGGCAGGGUGCUUUGGUGCUGCCUGAUGUUGCCCGAUC